GGUGUCGAGUGUAAUAUUAGUCGCAAAAAUGUUUGGCUUUAAAUUAAAAAAAUGCAAUACCAUCAGUGACGUUGUGCAUAUAAAUAAAAAAAUAUAGAUCUCCGCGGCUGAUAUAAUUAAACUAUACGAGAUAUAUUGCACUGUCCAGCCAUAUUUGAAUAUUACAUAGUGAUCUUCUGAUACAAGAUAAGCAGCAAUGGACGCCGCUCAUAAAUUAGACUUCCAACUGGGCCCCAUAAGCAUCGAUAUGAUCGAAGAAAAUCUGUAUUUAGGCGGACUGGCAGCAGCCAAAAACCAGGAGACUCUAAAGAAAUACAACAUAACGCACAUUUUAACCAUAGACAUAUGCCCAUUGCCUAGAAACAUCACCGAACAGAAAAAUCUCGUGACGAAAUUCAUUCAACUCUCGGACCAACCCAAAGAAGACCUCCUUUCGUACUUCGACGAAACCGAUCUCUUCAUAAAAGAAGGCAUGGCCAAAGGUAGCGUUCUAGUCCACUGUUACUUCGGAGUAUCGAGAAGCGCCACCGUAGUAAUAGCCCACAUCAUGAAAAAACACCAGCUAAACUAUUACGAAGCGUUCGAAAAGGUCAAAUCCAAAAGGAAGAUCGUGUUCCCCAAUUUGGGCUUCGUCUACCAGCUGAAGCUCUACAAGGAAAUGGCCUACAACAUCGACACGAACAACAUGCAAUACAAAAUCUACAAGCUAGUGUUGGCCAGCGAUCGCGUGAGGAAGGCCAAAAUCCUCCCGCAAGAGUUCCACAACGUGAUCAAACCCGACCCGGACGUGCAGCAAACCAAGCCCGAGCCCACCGUGUACCGGUGCAGGCAAUGCAGGCGGGUUUUGGCCACCGAAUCCAACCGGCUGGUGCACCAAAACGGCGCCGAGAACUGCAAGGAGAUCUACUUCGUGGAGCCCAUCGCUUGGAUGAACGUGACCCAAACGGUCGAAGGGAAACUGAAGUGCCCCAAGUGCUCCAGCAAAUUGGGGUCGUUCAGCUGGAACAGCGGGUGCCAGUGCCCGUGCGGGGCCACCGUGGCCCCCGCUUUCUACCUCACCCCCUCUAAAGUAGAUUUUUGUGAUGUCAUUAAAAAUAUCGAGACUACUUGUUAGAUUAUUUAUUUUUGUAAUUGUUGCCAAAUGUUUAAAAGUAGGAUUUAUGUAAUUAGUUU